AACAUAGCAGAGCACAGACAGAAACACGUUUAUCCAGACAUGGAUCAGCUGUUUGUGCUGCUGCUGCUGUGGGGCUCAGGAAUUCAGGCUUAUGGAAAACAAGAUUCAACAGAGUCUGAUGAUGUCAGGUUGGUGGGAGGAGCCAAUCACUGCGGAGGUACACUGCAGGUGAAACAUCUGGGAGAGUGGAAACCAUUGCAAUUCAUUGACUGUACCCUGAAGGAAGCAGCUGUAUUCUGUAAACAUCUGGACUGUGGCUCCGCUGUUUCUAUAGAACAGUCCCCACAAAGCUCAGUGUGGGGGGUCAAUUCUACCUGUGUUCAGUCAGGAUCUGCUCUGAGGAACUGUGUAACAACAGAAGGCUUCUCCUCUGCCGUGGAGCUCACCUGCUCAGACUCUGUCAGGCUGCUGAAUGGUUCCAGUCUGUGUUCAGGCAGACUGGAGGUGAAGUCUGACCAGAGCUGGUCCUCAGUGUGUGAAACCGACUUUGACCAGCAGGAUGCAGAGGUGGUCUGUAGGGAGCUCGGCUGUGGGCCUCCUUCGGUCCUCCAGGGGGCGCUCUAUGAAGAAGUGGAGGCUCCAGUGUGGAGCAAAGAGUUCCAGUGUGGAGGCCAAGAGUCUGCUCUCCUGGACUGUAGAAGCUCAGGCUCAGCUAGAAACAGCUGCUCACCUGGCAAAGCUGUUGGACUCACCUGCUCAGAGCCUGUCAGGUUGGUGGGCCAAGCCAGUCGCUGUGCAGGCAUGCUGGAGGUGAAAGUGGGAAAGUGGAGAACAAUCGAUUAUUUUGACUGGGAUCUGAAGGAGGCACAUGUCGUCUGUGAACAUUUGGGCUGUGGCUCUGCAUUUUCUAUACAAUGGAAAAAUGAGCCCUCUGAGAUUUCUGUGUUGAAAAUUGAGCCUGAUUGUGUUCACUCCGGAUCUGCUCUGAGAGAAUGUGCAAAAUCAUCUUCCUCUUUCCUAACCCUGAAUGUCACCUGCAAAGACCUGCUGGUUCAGCCAAUCAUCUCUGUGUCCUUCAUGAAUGGGGUCUCCAUGGCCCAGCAGCAGGGGCUUCAGGUGUCCAGGGGCUCAAACUUCACCAUCAGCUGCUCCAUCCAGCCACAGUACCCGGGGGGCUCCUUCCAGCUCACCUUCACCUCAUCCAACACGGCGUACAACUACACCCAGCCAGCUGUCAAUCACUCCGCCCACUUCCUGUUUCCUGCUGCAGAGCCCACCCACCAAGGAAACUACAGUUGCAUUUAUCACGUCUAUGUUUUUUACCAUGACUUGUCCUCUGAGAGCCCCCUGCUAUCUGUCACUGUGUCAGAUCCCACACACUCAGAUGUUGUUAAAGGUGUUGUCAUCACACUGGUAGUCCUGCUGGUCAUUGUACUCAUGAUCCUUGGUCUUCAUCUCUAUCGUCAGGUCAACAAACAGUAGAACAGCCAGCUGACUGACUGUAAACUCUGUGUUUGAGCCCCUGGAGGAAGGCCAGGAACAAGUUCAGCCAGCAGAGGAGGACCUCCAAGGAGCUCGAAAGCAUGUUUGGACAGAGCAUGGUCUUAUUUCUACACCAUCUGUUUUGUCCUCCAUCCUCCUAUCUGUGAGCCCGAAGUCCGGUCAAAACACAAGUUCAGCAGGGCUGUGCAGAGAUGUUUGAAAGGGCAGGUGCUCAAAGUUUUUAAAAAAAAGGGGCACAUAGAACCAGGCUGAAUAACAACAACCCACAUUCAUCAAGAAUCUAAUAUGGAAUUGCGUCAUACUAUAUCACUGUCAUCAGGUGGGGACUACGCAAAGCAAACAUAGCUUAUAUUUUACCUAUAUAUUACAAUGAUGCUGUUGAGGGGUUACUGCUGCUCCUGCUGCUGAUUGUGCUGGAGGGCAGGUUUGUGUUGAUCUGAAACUGUAGACAUCAAAAAGUCCAUAGGAGAAAUGGUAGCUGAUUAAACAAGU